CUACAAGAAAACGUGCACUGUACGAACUACUUACGCUUCCCACAUAUAUCUUUGACCAUCAAACUGUCAGAAGUUAAUGCUUUAGUCAAUAACCACUACCAUUACUUACCUUCUUUUAAAGUGCAAAUUACUUCCAAAUUAAAUCUCAACAUACUAGAGGAUGAGGAUCAAGCAUUAACAACUAGUCAUUACAAAUAAAUGGUGUAUGAAUUUAUCUGGAGUCUUCCAAUUUGUUUAUCCGUAUAUUUUUCAUGGGUGUUUAGUCGAUGGAUAGACAGGAAUCUUCUUCGAAACCGUCUUCAAGUCUCAGGACUGAACUAGAUGUUCCCUCGGCAGAUACUUGUUCGACUGUUUCCUGUGGAUAUAACCUGCGGCCAUCAGGAAGUGUAUCGUCGAUUGCCUCAUCAUUCACUGCAACUAAAAGUGAGUUGGUGACUAAAAACUACUUAGUCGGGAGUAUAGCUGGAGGUGCUGGCUCUUUAUUGGGAAUAAGGGAACUAAACAAGAUAAUUCCAGGUAGUAACAUAGAUAUCCAAGUUGUUACAUGGAAUAUGUUAUCCAUGAAGUCUCAGUUUUAUCCGGAAGAUUUAAGUGAUCUUUUCUUCAGUGGGUCUUCCGAGGAAGCUGCAAGCAUUUAUGCCAUUUGUAUACAAGAAUGUUCUUCCGAUAAAAAUGAACUUCUUGUGAGAUUGCAAGCUGCUAUUGGCAUAAAACAUGUUCUGUUUACAUAUGCGACCCAUGGGACAUUGGCUUUAGUGAUAUUUCUAAAUCGCGAUCUUAUAUGGUAUACUUCGGUGCCUCAGUCAGUUGGAGUUACAACUUCAGCUGCCGUACGAACUAAAGGAGCUGUAGCUAUUUGCUUUAUACUUUUUGGUACAUCGAUUUUAUUCCUCUCAGCUCAUUUUAAAGCUAACCAUACAAAUUUUGAACGGAGAGUUCAAGAUUAUUUACAAGUAGUGAAUAAUAUUAAUCUACCAAAAGUUGGUUUUAACAAAGGAUAUAAAUACGAAGAAUCCAACCCAUUGGAUCGGUUCGAUGUUGUCUUCUGGGCAGGAGAUUUAAAUUUUCGAAUACAACGACCAAGACAUAUUGUCGAAAACAUAAUUAAAGGAAAAUAUAAGCAUAGAACAUUUGAAGAACUUUUGUCAGUUGAUGAAUUACUCAAUGCACAGUCACAAGGUAUCAUCUUUCAGAAUUUUGACGAAGGUCGUAUUCGCUUCGCUCCAACUUACAAAUUUGAUCUCAAUUCAGAUGCUUACGACUCAUCAGAAAAACAACGCGUUCCAUCAUAUACAGACAGAAUAUUGUUCAUGUCAAAAAAGAAAGACAACUUGAUCUGCUUAGAUUACAACAGUAUUAAUACAAUCCGUUCAUCGGAUCACAGACCUGUGUUCGCAUUAUUCAGUUUAGUUUUAAGACCUGGAUCUGAUAAGUAAGUUUUCGAGGAAAAAGUUGUAACUAGAUAACAACCUAUGUAUCAACUUUUACCCGAGCUAUUAAAGUUUGAUUUUACAGUUCGUAUCGGUAUCAAUAAGCAUAAAUGUACAAAGACGUUAAAUUCAUGACUUUCGAAUAAACAUAGAAAAUUCCAAUAAAGUUCUCAUCGGAGACAGAAUUCUGAAUAAAUAUAAUGAAGUGUACUGUGAUAGGCUAUACAUAUACAGAUAUGUAGUUGAAUGUCACUACAUUAAUCUCUCACUUACCAUCUACGUUAUUCACAGUUCCAAUACACAAAGUAAUAUCUUCUCCUUAACUAGAAGACAAUAAUUGAAAUUAUACGGCGCUAGAAGAAAAUAUCUGACCAAUCAUUUUUACUCGAAACCUAAAUGAUUCAUAUAAUUUUAAGACACGUUUUUAAAAUACGUCUGAGUAUUAUCCCUUUUUAGUGAUGGAUUUAUCAACAAAAACUAUAGACAACUUAACUUCAGCCAUGGUUGACUUAGCUGUACAAAACUGGAAACUCCUAUCGUUCGGGAACUCCGGCUAUGAGAUGUGGCGUUUUCACUAAAGUAACUUAAAAGACAGACACCAACUAGAUAAAUAAGGCUAACAGCUUAAAAUAGCUCAUAUUAGUUUACGGAGUUAAUUUUAGUAGUAAAACUGUGUAUGUAAUCAAAGACUAGGUUUCUGGAGAUCUAAGAGCUGAUUUUCGACCUGGCACUCUGUUGUUAAAAAUACACGCGGAAAAUAUACACAAUUUAAAUUGUUCGUUUUAUACUCCAGAUGCUUGCCAUAUAACCGAAAUCGGUAGUUCUCGAAAUAGCCUUUGCUUUUCCCUCAUUGCAUAUUGCUUUUUUAUGGACAGUAAUAUUUGUGUUUCAAAAGACCAGUCUUCCUCUUUGUAUCGUAAACGUAUUGCCAGUGCCUGACUUGUUUUUGUUCAAUAUAUUUUUACUUCUUGAUAGACUGAUACAAAUUUAAUAAUUAGCUUGAUAUUCAGCCUAUGAAAUGCGGAAUACAUCAAAAAAAUAUUUACGACCCAAUGAUUAUAGGAUAUUACUUGACCACGCGACAACUACUCACAGCCGACAAUCCCCAACAAUGACAAUUCAUUAUCAAUUAUCGGACGGACGAUUGUAUUGUACUGAAUGAAACAAUAAUUAAACCGCAUUGUUAUGAUGGGUGAUUGAACCUAAAAUUGAAGGCCACAAAUCCCUCACUUAGUUUACGAGAAACGGAAAGUACAAAGAGACACUUCCCUAAUAAACAUAUACUCACAACAUAAUCCGAUUCGUUUUAAACUAUAAGCAGUGUAUAUAAUACAUAUUAUUCCCGAUUUUUGAUCAAAUGUUAGCAAGUUUUUUAUAAAUUACUCUUGGUUGUUCUCUAACAGAAUCAUUAACCGAUAAACUUUUUUUCACAGCAUUGCGUUAGCAGCUGGUGCAUUUAAUAGAGAAAUAUACAUAGCAGGCAAUCAACGUCGUGCUCUACGUUUAGAUAAACUAAAAGCAAGAAAAAGUACAAUUCAUGCUAGAGUUUGUACUAUUCAGUGAGAUUUUCAUAACCACAAAAAUGGAUAAGGAUGCAAAUAAAUUACAACAUUUGAAACAAUUAUUUCAUGUACAACCUACCAAUUUUCUAUUCAAAUAAAUUAUUUUUUAAAGCUUA